AUGCUUUCGUCUACCAUACUUCAGGCCGCUCUGUUUUUCUACGUCGUUAUUUCAGCGCACGCCGACGAACCAACGGUGUAUAAAAUAUGCAAAAAUGAGAACGAGGAUUGCGUGGCUGUGACUUACAACCUUGGAGAUCCCAGCAAAGAACGUGUCUGUCGUGAGGCCUGUGGAAUGACAGGAGAGGAACUUAAUACAAAAUGGACAGUAUACAACUGCAAGGGACAUGAGAAAACCUGCGAGGCCUACGACCUUGGUGCAAAAGGUGACUUCGACACUUCCUUUGCUAGGCACGUUGCAUGUGUUGGAACUUGUGGCUUUCUCGAAAAAGUGGCACAAACCGAACGCCAGUAUAGCCUCCUCUGCACUGAAAACAACACCUGCCAGGAAGGCAGUUACUUCACCGAGCCAAAUGUACCACGCCCAUUCGUCCGCUUGUCCGAAUGUUUGGAAAUGUGCUUGACACCAGGUAAUGAUUGA